AUGGCGGCGGCUCUGCGUCUGCGCCUGCUCGAGCCCAGUGUGGGCGUAGUGUCUGGCGGUACGCGCAUCGUGCUACAUGGCGCGGGCUUCCGUCCUCCUCCACAUUCGCUCACCGUCCGACUGCGCGUGGAUUUGCAGGAUGCGGAUAACGACAACCACUCGGACACUUGUGACCCGCUCUCGUGGACAACUCGUCAGCCCAUUUCUAAUACAGUAGACAUCAAUGGACGUUUCCUGCUCGAUACUCAGCUUGAAUGCGUCCUCCCGAGCUUUGAACGCCAAGCCGCGCGUGCCAUUGCAGCCCGCACGUGUCUUGCUGCGUCCUCCGCGUCGGUCUCCAGCGCGCCGCAAUUGGUCCCUUUGAGCGUUGAGGUAAUACUUAACGGAGGUGAGCAGCGGUCGAACACGUUAUCAUUCAAGUUGCACCAACCGCUGGAAGUGCGACGCAUAUGUCCUCAAAGUGUCCUUAUGGUGUCCCCCGCAGUCACCGCCACGGUGACGUUAAAUAUCUUGAAAUUAUCUGCUCCUGUCGUCCAUAAAGCGACACCAAAAGGUGGACACUUGGAGGUUCUGGAAGAUUUGAGCACUCUCCCAGUCUUCGUUCGCGUCAAGCAAGCGUCGGAACGCACUGGAGCCGUGUCCGAGCAGACGAGAGAAGGCAAGUGGAAGCUCUCGCCAUUGGGAGUCUACGAGGUGGAGUUCGACGCUCCGACAAUGGGCUUUGGAGCGGUCAGUGUGGAGCUAUCACUCAAUAGAGUGGAGUUUUUCCGGUGUAAGAGCGACGCACCGCCCGAAGGCUUCGGCUAUCGAGUCCUUCGAGAUGUGACCUUACGCGCAGUGGAGCCUGCGUGUAUUAGUGUGACGAGUGGACAGAUCACGGAGAUUAAAGUGGUGGGGGACGGAUUUGUGGAUACGGGGGAUCUUGUAGUGGCAAUGCUGCAGAAGGAGUUGCCGUCAGCAGAAGGAGACGGAGUGAAGCCAGCGAAGGACGUGCAGGUGGCGGUGCUGAACGCGACGUACUUUGGCAAGACCGAAGUGCGAUGUACAGUACCAGCCAACUUGCCGUUUGGAUGCACGACGUUCAGUGUCUCGUUGAAUGGCGGUAGGCAGUUCGGUCAGUCUCGAGUUGUUGGCCUGCUGCAUCGAGAUCGAGCGUUGGAAGGAAUUUCUCCAGCGAGCAGCAGUCUGGCCGGUGGAACUACAGUCACGAUUCGGCAUUCCUGUCUCUGUCUGGAACAUGUGGACGCGCUUUACCAGCUGCAAAGACUUGAACCACCUCGAAGAAUUCGAGUUCGCUUUCAACCGGUUAGCUACAGUGGUUCAGAGAGUGGUGGUGGCCUCGCGAAGGUUGCGAACGCAGAAGCUUUCUCCCAGACGCCAGGGUUGUUGAUCUGUAAGACCCCAAAUUUUCUGGAGAACAUUAAAGCUUUGAAUGGCAUGCGAGCAGCUGGAGCAAGCGAGAGUGACGGGGAUAAUGUGCCGUACAUGUGGAGAUUUACAGUAGCUGUAGCGGUGGGCGGAGAGGCUUUCCAUGGCGAACUGCCAUUCUCCCUUUACCUGCCUCCUGUGAUACGAUCGCUCACGCAGCACCAUGGACCGUCGACAGGGGAUACAAGCCUCAAGCUUCGGAUGAAGCACAAAGUUCCACCGCGGAUAAAGCUGCUCGUACGCUUCUCUACGCUUGAUUUCACCAAAAGCAAGACGAUAGAAGGGCAUCCUUCGCCGCAGUGGAUUGAGACCUUAGCGGGCUCUACACGUGAAGUGCCGCAUUUGACGAUCGUCCAAGUCUCCUACGACGCCGGAGUGACGUUCUUUCCCGUCAUUGAUACUCCUCCGACAGCUGUACAGUCCAAUCCGUUGGCCAAGGACCUGUCGUACUUGUGUUUCCUCUUCUACCCACCUCCAGUUGUGCGCUCUGCGGUGCCUCUGUCAGUAGAUAUACUCGGCGGGAGCUACGUUCGACUCCAAGGAGAGCACCUUGUGGAUCAUGGAGCUCAGAUGUCCGUGAUAUUUGAGUCGUCUGCGCUGAGUCGAAAGGUGUCAGCAUUCGUUGAGAAAGGAGAGCUGCGAUGCUGUGCGCCGCCAUUCAACGUGGGGCGUGCGCGAGUGUUUGUGUCCCUGAAUGACGAGCAGUACACGCUGUGCGACCUUCACGACCAGGAGACGAAUGCGCCAGUAGAAUUCAUUUUCUACAGCUCGCCCACCGUGACGCGUAUCAGCCCACUCUGUGCGUGUGUGCGUCUGUCAAGUGAACUCAAGAUCUACGGUACGAAUCUCAUCGAGACGGACCGCAUCAAAGUGCGUGUUAGCUUUCCAGCGAGUUCUGGUCGUCGUCCACUUUUUAAGGACGUCCCGGGUACUGCGCGUGAUGGGGUAAUUACCGCAACUACGCCCGUAUUUCCUGAUGAAUACGCUAACCAGAAUGCGCUCGUCGACGUCGCGUUGAAUGGGGCGAAUUUAUCUGGGACAUCCGUUCCUCUGCGGUAUUUUUCAAACUACGGGAUCACGCGUGUGGACCCCCCACUCGGCGCGUUUGAAGUUCCUGUGACUUUAACUGUAUUCAUUGCACCUGCAAUCGUCACGGACAAGAUACUGGUGCGCUUACGUCUCGGAGUUAUCGAGGCGGUGGCGGGAGAACAUGAGUCCUCUAAAGAGGAGUCGGAGGUUGUUCACGGUCUGAUCGAUGCAAGUAGUUGGACGGCGUCCAGCGUGGAGCUUAUGGCUCCGUCUUUGAGUACACUCGUGGAGAGCUUAUCAGCUUUGACUACAGCACACUUGGAAGUGUCAUUUGAUGGCGUACGUUUCCAUGGCGUCGGAAACCUGCGAGACCACUACCGUGUGUACAACGUGCCCCAGUUAACAUCAGCGAAUCCGCUAUUCGGACUGUCCGAUCGAGAGACAAGAAUUGUGGCGCAUGGAGUGCACAUGAGACCAGACGAUGUCGUCAAGCUGACGUUGUUUCUGGAAUCGACUGGUGCUGACCGAUCCAAAGGUAAAGACAGACGCGUGGCUGCUAGAACAGCUCCGGUACCAGUUACUACCGUCGUGGCAGAGAUAAAUGUCAAGCGACAGCGGUUGAGCUUUACGUGUCCAUCGCUAGCUCAGCUCCGCGCUAGUCCAGAUCGGCAACACGCUCCUAUCGUUGCUCCCUCGCCGGGGAUAACAAAUGGAGUGCCAGAUCGUCGUAGUCAAGGGGGUGUCGAUGGUGGGAUGCUGCUGUCUGAGCGAGUUAUCAUGCAGAUUAGCGUCAUCGACGGACAACCGAUAUCUCUUCCUUUCGUGUUCCGAUACUACCGAUCCCCCACACUCGUAGCAAUGAACCCGCGUGUGGGAUACGUCUGCAGUGGGUCCAUAGUCUCGUUUGAGUUUGCAGAACGGAUCGCUACGCCGACUGUGGACUUUCGAUUUGGCGAUAGUCUGCCCACAAGUGGCCGAAUUCGAGACGAACGCUUUGUUGAGUGUUUCUCCCCCGAGCUGUCAGCAGGAACUCACAGUGUCAGCAUCUCGUUUAAUGAGCAACACUACGAACCCGCUGUGCUGAAGGAGCAUAAAGGGGAGCCAACCGAAGAGAACGAGCUCUCAGCUGCUACAUUCCACGCGUUUCCGCUUCCAGUGUUCGUUCUUCCUCCUGCUGGGAGAGACCGAGUGUACGCGUUUGGUCCGACAUCCGGUGGGACUGUGGUCGUCAUUAAAGGUAAGGGGUUUGUUCCCGACACGAAGAUCUACGCUCGAUUCGCGUCUCAAUUCAAGGAUGCUUUCGACGGGCAGUCUGAGAUUAUUGUGGGGGCAAAAGUGGUGGACGACGAGACUAUCAGAUGCAUCUCUCCACCUUCCAUGCGCUUGGGUCGCGCAGUCCUCCACGUGUCGUAUAAUCUGCAGCAGUUCAGUGAUUCCACGUGCUACUUCGAGUAUCACGCACCCACGCGAUACGUAGCGAGAGGAACACUUUGUGGACCCAUUUCAGGCCACACGCCAUUGGAACUGGCAGUAGAAGACGUGAAAGGUCUGCCGAGUCACACGCAACUGCUUCAGUGUGUCGUACGCUUUGAAAGUGAGAAAAGUCACACUGCAGUGGAUGUCGAAGCCCAGUUUGAUGCGGAGAUGUGUGUUUUGUCGUGUACUUCGCCUGCGUGGCCGUCCAAUGAGCUGGUCAACCUUCGCGUCUCGCUCUCACGUGGAGACGGUGAGCUGUUCGAAGACACGCGCAUCAAGUUUUUGUUCUACGAUCCACCUGAGGGAGUGAUCAAGAUCGAACCUGCCGCUGGACCAAUCGGAGGCGGAACGGAAGUCUUAGCGUGGUGUGGAAGUAUAGUGGAGACAGGAGAGAUCACAGUCUCGAUCCAACUGAGCAGAAGUGAACUCGAGCGACCAAGGCUGACGAAACGCAGAAGCUCAACUUCCGUAGCGCCGCCUCUGUCUCGGAAGUCAAGUCUACGGUGCAACCAGACGCUCCCUCCGCUACUCGUGAAAGGAGAGAUUGUUGGAGAGUCUAUUCGGUUUAUUGCGCCUCCUGUUGAUGGCCCUUGUACGGCAGUUUUAGGCAUAUCAUUGAACGGUAUCAGCUACACGUCGACGCAGAGCCCGCUACACUUCACGUACUACGUGGAGCCUACUCUUCGUCGGAUCAGUCCGGGUUGGGCUGCUCUGGAAGGAGCGAGCGACGCGCUUGUCAUCGAAGGCGAACAUAUACGCGAUUUUGGCUGCAACCUAUUGGUGCGCUUCAGUCUUCAAGAUGAAAUGCAGCCGGAGCAGAAUGGCAUCGUUGUCGGUGCGCAAUUUAUAUCCAACUCCACGGCAUCUGCCUCGGGUGACGGAGCUCUUCGGUGUGGGUUUCCCGCAGCGCCUCCGGGCUUCUACGAGCAUGAAAUCAGUCUGAACGGACAGCAGUUUUCGCAAUCUCAGUACGUGAGCAAAACGUUUGGCAAUUUGAGUGGCACCGCUUGCACUGCGCUGCUUCCUUUUCGACACUUCUCAUCGCCAUUCUGUCUGGCGACAGCUACUGGCCCAGCUGCGGGUGGGUCGAGUGUGGUGCUGUUUCUCGGUGGGAAGCUGUUGAAGGUAUUAUCAAGAGAAACGAAAUGUCAAGUGCAAUUUACGCCUAUCAAAGGAACAGAGAAGAUCACUCGCUUACCUCUCACAACCCCAAAUGGGGGCGCUAGUCCUAUCAAGCUAUCAAGUAAUGUUGCAGACAUCAUGUGUAUGCUUGGAGACAUCGAUCACGUUAAUGCUCGAGUCACCUGUCGUGCCCCAUUGCUGCGUGUUGCCUGUGUGUCUAAUGUGGACAUCCUGCUGCCGAGUGGUAGUGGAGCGUCCUCAGCAUGUCAGCUAUUCGCCAUACGCCCAAGUGAUCGUGAGAAGUAUUACUCCUACGAAUCGCCAAGUAUUACUGAAAUCGCCCCCAGUUGUGGCCCUGUAUCGGGAGGCACACAGCUCGUCAUUGAAGGCGCACAUAUCCUCGACACGGCCCAGAUCUUCGUCCGGUUCCGCUCCAGUUUAAACGAACGCGAGUGUGUUCUCGUACCUGCGCGAUACAGUCGGACGUUCCCUGGCGGUUCAGCUAGUGCGUCUCCGCUUAUCAUUUGCAACACUCCACCCGUCGAGUUUAUGGAUAAAACAAUAUCUUCUGGUAACGAUUCAGCAGCUCAGAGCACUUCACUGUUGCCGCAGCCUUCACCUCGCAAUAGAGAAGGUGUCGCAGCCGGGAAGGCACGUACCCAGACGUACCAAAUGCUUGCGGAGCAGAGUUUAAAGGCCCAUCGAGCCUCCGCUGCCCAUGGGAACAGCGACAGUGGACUUGGUGCUCUACGAAUCACUCGACCGAGCGUCAGAGCUACACCUCGAGGUCAUUCUGACGCUGAGAGUGGAGCGACCGUUCUGGUUGACUUUACGCUAAACGCAGGCGAGCAGUUCAUCGCACACAGUGUCCGCUUUCAUUACUACCAAGAUAUCGAGCCUCGUCAGGUCAAAUGGUCCCCAAGACACCUACCGACUCAGUGUCUUGGAGGGCGUCAAGCAACGGAUUCACGAAUGCUUACAGUCGUGUUACCCAAGACUUUCAGACUGACAGAUUCACCAGAACGGGUAUGCUUCCGCUUCGACGGUGCCAACCCGCAGGUCUCCAUGCGGCGGAAGUCUUCUGUAUUGCUGCACGAAACGGAGUCGCGCACGGAGCUGGUCAUUGCGAAUCCUUCCAAGAGACAAUCAACGAUGCGCAGAUCGAUCACGUACUUCCAGAACAGUAUUCUAUCAUCUGAUAACAUUCCAACCAGUCCGCCAGUGUCCACACGGAGUGACAGCAUCGGGACAGCGGUAUCUUCACGUCGGCAAGCUGUUGGUGCGCCUGGGAUGAAGAGAAGACCGGUCACACCCGAGUUAUCAUCUCCCCGUCCCUCUACGACUGGAUCGUCGCCAUGUAUUGCUGGGAAAGUCAUCAGUGCGAGCGAAGUCACUUGUGUCGUACCGGACUUCUCUACCCCAGGGGCUGUUUACAUUUUCUUCUCUCCAAACGCUCAGCAGUUCGUGUGUCUUGGCGAGUUGCUGUUCCACCCCGCUAUGAUCAUCAAGGAUGAGCAUCAUCACACCACGUUUCGAUUCUGCUCGAACGUUGGCGGAAGUCCAUUCGCAUUGCAGUGUUCCCCGUCGACUGUACUGAGAUUUCUAGCGCCAGAAGACGUGACGACAGCAGCCAAACGAAACGCUCAAAUCCGAGAGCUUGCACUGAGGAAGAACAGUCCAUUCGGAGGAUGGCAGAAGCGCUCGUUUCACUCGGCUCGAGUGUUUCUGAUACCUGCGAACGCAAAGCUGCUGAAGCGUGUGACGGUGACGGCGACUCGUGUGGAUAACCAGAGUGAGGCUGGUAAAAUGGGACCAGAUGGCGCAGGGUGCUGCGUGUUUGACAUGUCAAACUGGGGCGAGCAAGUUCUGCUUAGUGCUGCUUUGCCAUCGUCCUGUGGUUAUGCCUCCUACUCCUCGGUUGUUGCGCUAUCAACACUUCUGGAUCCAAGUGUCAUCAUUGAUUCAGCCUGCGAAGUCUGCUACGUGUGCGUUCGGUUUGGAGCUAUCGGCUGCGAAACCCUCGGCACUUUUGAUCAAGAAGAAGCCAACGUCCAAGUGCUUGUGUCGGACAGCAACGGAGUGCAGCUGUGUCUGUGUGGUCCGCCAGUGGAGUCCUCGAUAUGGAUCAGGGCUAGCACCGUGAGCUCUCAAACCUACACCGUCCCGAUCACGUUCGAUUUUACUAGCGCCGACUCGUCUCGAAGCAUCUCCGCUUCAUCCCGCGCAAGAUUGGUGCUCUCAGGCUUCGACACUUUCCAGACUUCGUUAGCGAUUUCGCUCUCUCCACAGGUUGCAAACGGACCGACCGUCACUCUGGAAUGUGCAAUGCCCUCGCUAUCCUUUAGUGGCAUUGCUACGCUUGUGAUAAGCUGCGGAGGUGUCGUAUUCUCCAACAGUGUGACGGUGCACUGUUACGAUCCAAGGAGCUGGAAGGUGACUGCGCUACGUCCUCCAUGUGGACAGCUUCUUUCUCUCGACGACCCCAAAAAGCCACCGGAACCCAUGACACUUCGCUUAAAAGGCGAACACUUUGUCGAGAACCGCAAGAUCACGAUUCGGGUGUCUGACAAGGACAGAUAUUUCACAGCUGCAGGCAAAGUCGACCAAGUUCACGUGCUGAGCUUACGGAUCGCUGCAGUUAAGAACCUGCGCGUAUUACUUCAUCCCCUUGGCAUUGUGCCACACGCUUCCAAAACGGCGAAUGAAACCUCGUCAUCGCAGCGGAAAGAAGACAAGUAUCUCAGCUCCAUCGUUGGCGGCACCACAAGUGGUGGGUCGAUUGUCGCUCUCGUCUCGUCGUGGUCCACUUUCACCUUCACAAUUCGGAUCGAAUGUGGCGACCAACGACACUUCGCUUCAUGUAGAGAGAAUAGCGUCUUCGCAGCGAUCUCUUCGGGCUCUGUUUUGAGCUGGGAGGAGGAAUUCGAGCUUCGAGUUGCUGCUGACCGACAUGCUCCACUGUUGUUAACUGCUGAGCUUUCGGAGCCUUCUUUGCCGAAGCCGCUGGAGCUCGCCCAGGCUUGGAUUCCUCUCAAUGGGAUUCAAGUAGGAUCCUCGGACAUUCGACGCUACACUGCACGAUUCGAAGAGCAUUUAAAGCGCGGAAAUUAUGUUGGCAGCGACGCAACUCCUGGAGUAGCAACUGAAGUGGAGCUGCUUCUUCAACUUUCGCCAUUGAUGCUGCAUCCGGACUAUAUCGUGUCUCAAAUUCCGUAUUCCUUGCUGCAGCAGCUAUCACCUCAAGCUCUGGACGUUCAAGUCUCGUCAGGCGAUGGGUUUUACUCCACGCCUCACUCUUUCUUGGUGUACAACCCUCCAACUGUGACGCACACUACACCCAGCGUGCUACCGCGAUCAGCAGGGGGCGACGUGGUUGUUACUGGCUCAGGCUUCGUCAACAGUGGUCGGGUCUGUGUGCGUUUGUUCGCAUUCAAGAAGAACCGCUUCACGAACAGCAACGAGGAACAGCGCGCUCUUGCAACAAUCAACCGAGUCAAGCGAGCAGAGAGUACGAACGACGGCUUCUUUCCCUAUUUCUCGCGAGACGUGGCCGGGACGUUCAUUUCCACGACAAGUCUCAAGUUCCGAAUGCCGUCGUACUUGACGAGCUACAACGUUUACUACUCCGUGUCGUUUGACGGACGAUCCUUCACAGAGGCCUCAAGCGUAUCGAAUGUGCUGCUAUUCAGUAUCAACGCGGUGACUCCUAAAGGCGGCCCCAUAUCGGGCAAUACGUACGCAACCUUGCACGGCACAAACAUCGACGCGUGUCUCUCUUCACGAUCCGGUUUAUCGCCUCUUGUGCGAGUCACGUGGAAGCGCGGCGCUCGAGAUCUCGAACAUGUGAUGGUGCCGGGAGAGUUUUAUCCCCACGAAGAUGCUGUGUACUUCUAUUCGCCACAGAGCAAGUUUGGACUCUACAGUAUUGCUGUUAGUGUUGAGUUAGCACUGCUUAGCUCAGGGACUACGGCAGUGGACACGGUCCCGCGCUUUGGACGAGAUGAAGUCUCGUUUGUCAUGUACAAGACGCCCACAAUCAAGUCCGUCGCCCCGCUCUCCGCUCUCGUGUCCGGACUCUCAACGACGGAGAUUAUUGUCCAGGGAUUCGACGAGAAAGCAGUCAGCAACAUGCGGCUGGCGCCUAAACUACGCUUCAAACGCAGAGGGCAGAUGCAAGUGUCGGACGCUCAACUUGUGUCCGAGUCGCGCUUUGAGUGCAUCGUGCCGCGUUUCAACGUGGCCAACGCGGUCGCCACAGAGCUCCCGUUGUCUGCGCUGUCAAGUGUCCGUCCCAUCCAGAGACCUCGAGCAGGAGGCGCAUGGAGUCCAAGACGCGUUACCAGUCAACCUAAACUGUGGACACGUGCAGCGGGGAUUUUUGUCGCUCUGCUUGGUGCGCGUAAUUUACGUGCAUCCAAGAAGAAUGCGUGCAACCCGUUCGCGGUCAUUUAUGUGGGUAAGAUGCAGCUCAAGAGCACGCGAAAGGACGGAGUCUUCUCGCCCGUGUGGAAUGAAUUGUUCGACUUCGAGUGGACAUCUGACAGCGAGUUCAACUUGCCCUCCGUUCGUGUGGUGUUUGAGAAUCAAUUGACGGCCGACCAGAGUGAAAGUCUGGGGCACGUGGAGCUCCAAUUCCCCGUAAAAGACAAGCAAACGCAGCCGUUCGUGCUCCGUGCGUGGCUCCCACUGCGUCGUAUCCGUGGGAAAUAUUAUCGCAAGGAAAACGAGGAAACAGCAGUGCAUAGCCAGAAAAACCUAAAGAAACAACCUCAAGCUCCGGCUUCAAGCUUAGGUGAAGUGGAGCUGGCGAUCGCUUUCGUCCCUCCUGUGGCCCAGACCAAGAAACACAAGAAGGCGCUGCGCUCGUCGAUCAUCUCUGUCCUUACGACUCAGCCCCAAUCCAGGAAGCAGUCUCAAGGGAAAGCAGGAUCAAGUCUCUACUCGGCGAAGAAGGAGAAGCUGCUUCGUGCUUUCCGCCAACGUGGAGCUCCGGUAUCGCUGGUGCCGACCGAACUGGCACUUGAGUUAGCUCUCAACGGUCAAGAUUUCUGGUCGGUGGCUCCAUCGACAUGUUACUCUGUCCUGACUCCGAUUGUGGUUGAGGUGGAGCCCAAGUUCAUUUCCAUCGCUGGCGGCUCGACGUUGUAUCUGUCGGGGAGUAAUUUCGUCAAUACUGGCUGCUUACGCGUGGCUUUCGCAGUGUUGACAAAGGAUGACACCACUCAGACUCUCCGUAGUGACCGUACUAUUGUCGUGGAGGCCAAGUACCGUUCGAGUACGAGUCUGGUUUGUACGACGCCGCCACUGCUGAACGUGGCCACUGAAGCCUCUUACCUGAACGUCUACGUCUCUCUUAACGGGUCCGACUUCGAUAGUAUCGCGUUACCGAAGCAGCUCGUCAAACUAAGUGAACCCGCGUCUGAGAGGCCUUUAACGAGUGUAAAUGUUGACGAACGCAUCGAAGAGAAUGAUGACGCAGUGAUGAAGGAGCCUCUGCGAAAGAGCCCGCGCAAAGCCCCCGAGAGCGACAGUGCUAUUGCUUUGGUCAACGAGCAGUACGUGGUUGACUGCAAGAAGGUUACAGCACUGGCACUUGAUGGAUGCGGAUCGGGAAGACGUUCGCCAACACGGUUCGCAACUCGAUCUCGGAACGAGAAUUUCUUGCUGGUGCCUCAGCUCCGCGUCUAUUUAACUCCAAAAGUCACACGCGUGCGGCCGACGGACGGAGUUUACACGUCGCAUCUCACUAUUGACGGCACCAGCUUUACGAAUACAGGCGUCGCCACAGUAACUUGA